UCCACAGACGAUGCGAGUUGGGGCGACGGCAGGGGAAACAGCCGCGGCGGCGUAGAAAACAACCGCGGCGGCAUAGAAAACAACCGAGGCGGCAUAGAAAACAACCGCGUCGGUAGAGGAAACAACGGCGUCGGUAGAGGAAACAACGGCGUCGGUAGAGGAAACAACGGCGGCAGUAGAGGAAACAACGGCGGCGGUAGAGGAAACAACGGCGGCGGUCGCGUCAAGCAACGCGGUGGCCGCGGAAAUUACCGCGCAGACAACCGCGGCGGCCGCGGAAGCAACCACGGUGGGCAAAGAAACCAUCGCGGCGGCCAGGACGGUAAUGAUAGGAUAGGAACUCCAAUUCCAAUGUCAAUUCAGCUAACUCUGACUGGCAGAACAAACAAGAAGCAAUUGAUUACAUCAAUGCUAAGAAAAUGUAUGAGCAAAGACCUUACAACUUUGUUUUCAAGUGUGGGUCGAAAGGAAGCUGCUAUCUCUCGCAAAAAAGAUAUUUGCAGCAAAUAUUGUAUAUUUAUGUUCGACGAGAUAUCUUUAUCUUCUGAUUUAUCAUACCAUCAGGAAAAAGAUCAUUCUGAUCAUAUAAUAGAGUUCGAACAACACGCAAAUGGCAGAAAGCUUUUACUUGCAGAUCAUGCACGAGUUUUUAUGUUGAAGCAAAUUAAAGAUCGAUGGAAGCAGCCUGUUGCUUUGUACUUUUCAGUUGGUGGAGUCAAUAGUUCAGAUUUAAAAAGUCUCAUUGUUGAUAUCUCUCGAAAAAUAUUUAGUAUUGAUUUAAAAAUUUAG